UUCAUUUUCAGAAACCACCCAACCUUGGCCAUGUCCACUUCUUCUUUUCCAACCUCUGCAGUAGUUUUUGCCCUGAUCACCCUGCCUUUCUGUGCUCCGGAUACUUUUAAAGCUGCAGUAUAUGAACAUGCAGUCAUUUUGCCAAGUGAAACAGAAAUACCUGUUUCUCAGGAUGAUGCCUUGAUCCUCAUGAACAAGAAUAUAGAUAUUCUGGAGACAGCAAUUAAGCAAGCAGCUGGUCAGGGUGCUCAAAUCAUUGUGACUCCAGAAGAUGCACUUUAUGGAUGGAAAUUUACCAGGGAAAGCAUUUUCCCUUAUCUUGAGGAUAUCCCAGACCCUAAGGUGAACUGGAUUCCAUGUCAGGACCCCCAGAGAUUUGGUCACAGUCCAGUACAAAAAAGACUCAGCUGCCUGGCCAAGAGCAACUCUAUCUAUGUUGUGGCAAAUAUUGGAGACAAAAAGAAAUGUAAUGCCCGUGACUCCAAGUGUCCGUCAAAUGGCUAUUAUCAAUAUAAUACCAAUGUGGUGUAUAAUUCAGAAGGAAAGCUGGUGGCACGCUACCACAAGUACCAUCUCUACUCGGAGCCUCAGUUUGAUGCCCCUGACAAGCCGGAGUUAGUAACUUUCAAGACCACAUUUGGAACAUUUGGCAUUUUCACAUGCUUUGACAUACUCUUCCACGAUCCUGCAGUUACCCUGGUGGAAGAUCACCAAGUGGAUACCAUACUGUUUCCCACAGCUUGGAUGAAUGUUUUGCCUUUUUUGACAGCUAUUGAAUUCCACUCGGCUUGGGCAAUGGGAAUGAGAGUUAAUCUUCUUGCAGCCAACACACAUAAGGUUGGCCAAAACAUGACAGUCAACUGGAAUGCCUACGCCAAUACCAUCAAACCCUUCCCAGUACAGAAAAAAACUUUUGGGGGAAGUGUUUCCCGCGAUCAGUUCAACUUCACAGAACUUUUUGAAAAUUCAGGAAACCUUACAGUCUGUCAGAAAGAGUUAUGCUGUCAUCUAAGCUACAAAAUGUUAGAAAAAAAAGAGAACGAAGCCUACGUUCUGGGGGCUUUUACAGGACUUCAUGGCCGAAGGCAAAGAGAGUACUGGCAGGUGUGCACAAUGCUGAAAUGUAAAACUGCUGAUUUGAAAACUUGUGGACAGCCAGCAGAAACUGCUUCUACAAGAUUUGAAAUGUUCUCCCUUAGUGGUACAUUUGGAACAGAGUAUGUUUUUCCUGAAGUGCUACUUUCUGAAAUUCGCCUGGCACCUGGAAAAUUUGAGGUAAGAGGAUUUCAAGAGUAUUUCCAUCUUCUCUUUCUCUGAAGCCAAGUCAAACAA